GAUGUUGGUUUGCCAGCCCCUCUGAACACACUAGGCCGGUGGCUCCAGCAUAUGGAGGCUGUGCUAUCUGAAGACAGCGGGAGCGCUGAAGAUCAUGCACUUGCUUACAGAGAUGCCAGACUCAAACAUGAACAGCUGAAGGUUUUGGUUGAGGACUUAAGCCAGCACUUGAACACCCUUCAUCACUACAAUAUCACAGAUGAUGCAGUGCCGGUCGAGAAGCUGGAGGAGAUCAAGAGACGUUUCACCAGUGCCAGAGUGACAGCCAAGUACCACGGCAUCAAGCUACAAUACAGAGAGCAGAUGCACCAUGUCUAUGACCUUCUGGGACAUCUGAAGUCUAAGCUGAGCUUGUGGAGAGGGCCUUACGGCUCUCAGGAGUCUGUUCAGUCUCUGCUACAAGAUUGGCAU